AGGCGACGGGGCUCCGCACCGAUCGGACGUUUCAUCUGUCUCGAGGAGACUCCGUCAAGGCAAUCUAUAGAAGGAUGCAGCAGAAUUGGAGGCGUGUGCACAAGAAGCUGAACCGAGAUGCGGGUCGGCUGGUGGCGAGGUGCGGGUCGGCGGCACAUCUGGUCGCCGACACUAUGCUGGAGGCGCAUGAUAUGAAGGGAAACCCCGGCCUCGUGCGACAGGCCUACAAUACCGCUCUGGAGGUCGAAAGCGCCGUCCGGAGUCUGGUGAAAAGGCCGCUGUUGUCGGCGUUGACGGAGACCAGGGCGGCCGCCGCCACCGUCCGGUGUCGUCACUGCCAGCCCCGUCAGCCGCUCCAGCUGGUUUCCUGGAACGCGUCGGGGAGUAACGCUGAGGGGUUGGAGGACUUUAUCAUCGGUGAUGGGGGCACGUCAGACUUUGACAUGAUGUUGGAGUUCGACGGCCCCUUCCGCUGGACGACACCGAGGGUGGAGCCGGCCGACAUCGAUCCGCAGUCUGCGCCACAGCUGUGGGGCCGGCCUACCAGCAACGCCGGCUUUGUGACGCUGCACUGGGUGCGGACGGACCGGUGCGGCCAUGAGGAGCCGCUGGAGGCGCUGCCGGGCGACUUCGUUCGUCGGCUCAUGGAAGACUACUGCCGGGCCGGUUACCCUGAUGAGGUCACCUCCACCGGCCCGGCAAUCAACGUCAAAGGAUCAGCUCGCAAAGACGGGGGAGUGGACUUAGUCUUCUGCCUGUUUGUGCGUGGGUGGUGGCCCGAGCCAAACUGGCCCGCCGGCGCCCCCCGGGAGACCAACUUCCCGUCGGCGGCGGCGCGGGACGAGAUUCCCCGGUUCGGGGUGCACCUGGUGCCGACCGGCCGGUGGGACAGCGAAACUAAAAACAUAGAAUAUCGCAUCUCGCUGUCGCGGGCGGAGCUGCUCGCCGUCCGUCAGCUCCCGCACGUGCUGCGAGCUGCGGUAAAAACACUCAAGACCGUGAAAAACGUGCUGAAGGAGAGCGGGUUAGCCAUCGUCGGGUUGAAGUCGUACUUCAUCAAGACGGCGGCGCUCUGGCUGGCCCAGGAGCCGCACGGUGGACCGUGGACAGGCGUCACGGACGGCGUCCACCGGCUCCUGGACUGGCUGGAGCGGCGCCUCGCCGAAGGAUGGCUACCCUGCUUCUUCUAUCCCGACAUCGAUGUGGCGGCAGAACUGACCGCGGAGCAGCGGCAGGCCAUCAUCGGCUCCCUCCGACUGGUGAGGGAGCACUCAACACUCCUCAUGAUGGCCUGCUGCGAGAAGCUAUUUAACCUGAGCGCAUUGCUGGAGGACGGGACGGAGCCGCUGUCUGAGCGCCAGCUGCGGCUCCAUCUGGCACGGAUGUUAAUCCGGCUCGCUGUGUCGUUCGGCAUCAGGUACCGCCCCAAGGCUCCCUGCUGGCAGUUCUGGUGGAGUUGGUCCAUCCCCCGCCUGGCCCGCGCGGCCCCUUACCUGCUCCAGUGGCUCCACCACCAGAUGUCGGCUCCACACCAGCAGCAGUGUUACCUGCUCAUGGCGUGGAGCGUGGUCGACCCAGCGGACCUUGCGGACAGCGAGCCGAUGACGCCACAGGUCGGUAACACUAUCACUGUCGACGUGACGCCGCUCACCCGGCUCCUCACCGAGUCCGACUUGGAGCUCCUGCUGGGUGACCCUCGCGGGGUGACCACCUGGUGGGGUCGGCAGCUGCAUCGGCCGCUGGCGGAGCGGCCGGCCGGCCUGACCGCCGAGCUGGACACACCGCGGGGCCGGGCCGAGCUGCUGCUGCGGCCGGGGCUGCUGACGCGGGCCAUCAGUGAGGGCGCGCCGCGCGAGAUAUCCUGGCAGCGAGAGUUGGACUGGAGGGUGUGUAAGAGGUGGGCGGUAAAUUUCCGACCACUGAACACCUAUCAGUGGUGCCGGGAGGAGUUAGAGCGUGACCUCGGCCGUGACCUGCAGCACAGCAUCCGUGUCAAUCUACCAGAGAUGGACGGCCCGACGGUGGUCGCCACGGCCGGCCUCUGGCGCCGGCGGACGCAGCAGCUGCUGUCCGGUGACCGGCUGCGCGCAGCCUAUGACGCUGCCGUCAGCCGGUGGCCAGACCGGUGGCAGCUGCUGCAAUAUUACCUGGCCGAGGACAAGACCGAUUCACAAGACUCGACGCGGGGUGACCGCGACGGAGAGGUCGAAGACGUGAAGCAGCACAGGGAUAAGGAGGAGCAGACAUCAGCGGGUCUGCCUCACCCACACCGGCAGAAGUGGCAACUGAUCGAGGAGCAGCAUCAGCAGCGGUGGAAAGAGCUGGAACUGCAACAUCAGCAGCUUUGGCAGGAGCUGGAGUACCCAGGACACGAAGAAAGAAUGAGGAUGGACAAACAGCAUGAAGAGGAGCGUCGAAAUCUGGAUCGGAAACACGGUGAGAAGUGGCAGGACCUGGGCAAACGCCACUAUGAGGAGCGCAUUGAGCUUCAUCAGCAGCAUGAAGAGGACACUGAAUGCCUGCACGUGCCAACCAGGGGACAGCCACAGCUGCAGAGAUCCGUGACCAAAGGACAGCGGAAACAGCAGGCUCGGAGACAGCGCAGACAGCGGAGACAGUGGGAAACUAUGGAGCAGCAGCACGCCGCACAGUGGACAGACCUUGGGAAGAAACUCCGAAAACAGUGGAACAAAAUGGAGCGCCGACACCAACAGGAGUCACAAGAGCUGGAGAAGAGACUCCCGAGCGUCCGAUUAGAAGGGGAGUUGGAACGGAUGCUGGAGGAGUGCAGCAGCAGACGUCAAAAGCUGCAGGUGGAGCUGCAGAAGGAGUUGGAUGGGCAGCUGGAGGAACGGCUGGAGGGGCAGCAGGAGGAUGCGUAGGCAGCUGCGGAAGGAGCUGGAGAGGGAGCUGGAGACGCAGCUUGACGAGGGUAAGCACUAGUUGUCAUGUUCCGGGGCUCCGGGAAGUACCUACACGAUUAGCGGGCAAUGCAAAAUGAAUGCCGCUUUAUCUCUGUUAGGCAUUAAUUAGGUACAUAUUAUGUUUAAACAUAAACAUAAACAUAAACAUUAUGUUUCAGCUUUUAACCCUCGCGGGCCUGGCGGGGGAGGUGGCCCCUCUGGCGAAUAUUUGUGAUAGCUCUCCCGAACGCUUAGGGAUAAGAAGGCGAAACUUUCAGUACCCUUUCUCCCAUCAAUUUGACAUUUGCUGAUUGGAUAACCCGUGACGACCAAGGUGUCUGUUUUGCUGAUAGCCUCUAGAAAGGUCAUCCUACUAGGUCAUUUAAGGCCACAAACAGAUUUUUGCCAAUAACUCUCGAUUGGAAAGAGAUAGAACGCCGGGGAUGGCCUCAUUAUGUUUGUCUUGCCGAGGCGCAUCGACUGAUAUGCAACGUGACCUUUUCUGGUCAGGUCAUGACCUUGACCUGAGGUCAAAUUUUGAAAUUGACCUUUCAAGGUCGUAGUAUAGUUCAUUAGACGCGUCUCGGCGAGCGGAACACGAUUCUGGCAAUAGAAAUGUCGUGUUUUUUUUUUAGUCAAAAGUUAUUGUCGAAAAACACUUUUCGUUAAAACAGAACAUCGAUUGGAAAGAGAUAGAACGCCGGGGAUGGCCUCAUUAUGUUUGUCUUGCCGAGGCGCAAUUUUUUUUGGAGUUUUUGCCCUCUGGAGGCUAAACCGUUGACCUGAGGUCAUUUUUGAUGAUGACCUUAUCAAAAGAAGAGGUCAAAAGCUAUCGAUUGUUUUUCCAUGCGUUUUUCUAGCUGUCAUAGUUCCUGAGAUAAUGGCAUGUUUUCUGAAAAAAUAUAAUGGUUGCUCUAAUGUGAAAAAUGACUAAAACACUUUCAAACGUACGCAUUGAGAGCUAUCGACUGCUUUUUACCGCGUCUUUCUAGCCAUCUUAGUAUUUGAGUUAGAGGUGGGUGGUUACAUAUGCCCCCCCCCUCUCCCCCACUAGGGCGAAGUUGGCUGAGACCGCCACUGGGGCACGGGUUAAUUCCGCUUUUUUGAAGCGCCUGGCCUACUGUGCGCCGGCAGUUGGUGACUAGACACAAUACAGCGCUGACUGAUCGUUCGGGCCUCUAAACUAUAGUUACAAACUCUUCUCCUUUUUCACAAUAGGUACGCAUCCACGUUUCCGUUCUCUACCGGCCGCCGGCCGCAUACCUGGAGGGGAGUGGUAGUGUAUGUACAUACAUAGUGUAGUGGUUAGGGUCACCGCAUCAUGUUCCAUGGGUUCGAAUCUCUGGGGAUCUAGUGAAAGACAUAGGGUACCUGCGAGCUUCUGCCACGUGUGACAAAAGGUUUUACUAUCGUCGUAAUGUUGACAACACUCUGCUCGUCUCUCUUCUUUGUCUUUCAGUGUAUAGCACGCAGAUAUAAAAAUGUUCUGAUUGUUUUUCAGAUCGUCUACCAGCAUCUCCACCAGCACCUCCACCAGCAAAAAUUGCUUAGAAAAAAAGUAAAAAA